GGGGCGCAUUUGAGGGUGGCGUGCAACGACGCUGGUGGACGUGUCCUGUCGACGGCGGAGGAGUACGCAGCGGCUGGUUUUGGCGACGCUGGGCGCAUCGACGUUGCUGGGUGCGGCGCCUGCGACAGGGACACGCACUGCUACGCGCCCGGGACGGCCUCUGCGAGCAUGAGGAACGGUGUGUGCGUGUGCGCGUGCGGCAGCGGCGGGUACGGCGAGGCGUGCGUGCCUGUGGGAGCUCCCGCACUGCCGCCCGCUGUGGGCACUGCGUCGAGAGUGUUUGUCCGCGAGGGCGUGACGGUGCAAUCGGUGUUCGUUGUGCCUGCCGGUGCGAGCGAGGUGACGCUGCGCCACGUUGUGCUGGACGGCGUGAGUCCUGUGCUCUACGUGCCGUGGAUGGCGCGAGACGGCGUGCGGAUCGUUGUGCAGAACGUGUCGCUGCUGAACGGUGCCGUGCUGUACGUGAUGGGCGGUGGAGCGUUGCGCGGUGCGGUGGCGGCGGGAAGCGACGAGGGCGGGCCGGUGGAGCUGUCGGCGUGCGAUGUGGAGGCGCUGAACGGUGCGCUUGUGCUGACCGGCACGUUCCCCGCAGGGUCCGUGCUGACGGUGACGGACUCCCUGCUGGUUGCCGCGAGGCCGACGCCGCUUCCGUAUCUUCCCGGCUCGCAGUCCUCGCCGUACGCACCGGUGCUGGUGCUGUCGGGCCUGCGGCUAGUGCGGUCCGUGCUGGUUGUGUCCGGCGUUGCUCUCGUGACCGUGAUGACUGGUGGGCGGACGGUGGUGGUGGACGGCGCUGUGCUGGAGCUUGUCGGCGGCGGCGUUGCGCUGGACGCGGCUGUGCUCGGUGGCGACGUUGCGUUGUACGCGAGUGCGCACGUGGUGGCGUCGGAGAGCGCUGUGCUACGCGUGUCGGGGAGCCAGUUGUACGCCGCGCAUGGGCUGGUGUUCGACAGCGGUGUGGUGGCUAACGCGUCCGCCGUCGUAGUGAACGACAACGCCGGUGUGCUGACGGAUGGCGCGCUGCUGGUGCUGCGGGGGUCGGCGUCGUUUGUUUCCGGGUCGUGGCUGUCGGUGCGCGGCAACAGCAUCAGCGGCAGGCUCCUGUCGCUGCCGUCGUACCCGCGCCGUGCGGAGCUCGUGCAGAGCACACUGACGCUUCACGGGAACGCCGGCAGCGGGCCCGUCGUGAUGGACGGCACCGUUGCGCUCGGGGGCACCGGCCGAAAGUUCGUUGUGGGGUGCCUGAUGCUGAACGGGCAGGCGCUGCAGCCGAUGCACUACAGGUCCGCCGGCAUCAUCGGGGAAUUCCGCCCCGUGGCGUGUGGCGUGUGCGACGCCGACGUGCGCUGCUUUGCAGCCGUGACGAGGGCGAUGUCGGGGUCGUGCGGCUGCCGCUGUGCUGAGGGCGGGUACGGGCGCGACUGCCUGCCGGUGUACCUGCCGCACGUGGACGGGUGCAACCGCGCGCCUGGCAUGCCGCCGCUGAGCCACACGGCGACGCUGACGGAGACGCGCAGCCCGACGCCGACGUGGACACCGACACCGACACCGAGCCUGAGCACGCCGCACUACAGUUCGACGCACUACAGUUUGACGGAGACGCUGCAGGUGACGGUGACGGAGACGCUGUUUCCCACGCGGACCCCGACGGCGUCGGUGAGCAGCACGCUGUGGUGGAGCGACGUGGCGUGCCCGACGCUCGCCGUGACGACGACGGCGGCUGGUGGGAGUCUGGCGCAGAAUGACAUCCGCGGCGGUGGGAGCGCCGUCCCGAAGCGGCUGAUGGUGGCGCUGCCGCCGCCGUUUCGUUGGGCACGUGACCCGCAGAUUGGCACGCACCUGAGCUUCGUGCCUGUGUCGACGGCGCAGCCGCGCGGGUUUGGCGGUCCGUGGGGAGCGAUGCUGCGCAACGCGACGUGGGUGCGCAACGCGACGAAUCCGUCCACCGUCCUGGAGCUGGCUGUGCCCGUGCACCGCGGUUACUUCAUUGCUGCCGACGAGACGAUAGUCAUUCGCUGCGACGCUGCGGCAGUGUCUGGCGGCUGCAAGGGUGUGCUGCUUGGUUUCUUCACGAUCAGGUUUGACACGCUGCCCGCCGCAGCCAGCGCUCUCUCGGCGAUCACCGGCGUUGUUGCGGGUGCGGCGGCUGUUGCGGUGGUGGUGACCGGCGGGCUGGGCUCCGUCCUGGAGAUGCAGGCGCUCGGCGUGUUUGCGAGGAUGUCGUGCGCCUCGGCGCAGGAGCGUGCGAGCACCGCUGCGCUGCCGUACUUCCUGUCGGUGUUUGCUGCCCGUGACCCGCUGUGGAUGGUGGUGGGCAACGUGCUGCUUGCCGCUGUGUUUGGGUGCGUGCACUGCGGUGUGACGGCGGCCUUCCAGCGGUGGCGCGGCGUGGACGCGGCGAGUGCGUGGGCGGCGAUGCGCUUCCCGAGCCUGACGUACGUCGUGGCGCACGCGAUGCACCUCGGCAUCUUCUUCGGCUCCGUGCUUGCACUGGCGAUGCCCGGCGCCCGCGUGCAGCACCGCGUGAUUGGAGUUGUUGGCGUGCUGUACGGUGCGGCGUUCCCUGCUGGCGUGUGCUACUUGAUUGCCCGCCACGUGGGCGCGAGCUUCACGAGGUACUGGCAGUUUUCGAGGAAGCCGCUGCACGAGCGCCUGCUGUACCCCGUCGGGUAUUGGCACCCCGCGGCGCAGCAGCGGAUGUACGGCGGCAUGCUGACGAACAUGAGGGGCAGCCACGUGUACUGGUGCGUGUUCCAGCUGUCGGCGCUGUGUGUGGUGUGCCUGAUUGCUGCUGUGCACCCGCCCGUGGGAGGCUGUCACGUCCAGUACUUCUGCAUGGCUGCUGUGCUGCUUGCGGGCGCGGGCGUGGUUGCCUUCACGAACAUGAUGCGCUCGGCCUUUCUGACGGUGAUGCACACUGCGGGCUUUGUGCUCCUUGCGACGCUGUGCCUUGUCAGCGCGGCCAACCACCUUGCGCCGAGCGACGGCGGUGAGAGGGCGUACGUGGCUAUUGUGCUGCUGCUGACGACUGUGGUGCUUGCGGUCACUGUGUACGGCGUCGUUGUGUGGUACGCGGAGGACCGCCACUGGCAGGAGCUGCGCGAGCCGCAGCGUGGAGGGCUGGAGGCACUGCUGCGCGAUGACGAGGAUGGCGACGAAGAGACGCAGAAGCCCCACGACGUGACGUUAUCGUCGUAUGCCCCAGGCACCACCGUUGCGUCAUCGUACCGACCACCCGCAGCGCCGCGGCCCGUGGCUGGUGACACCCGCUUAGACGCUCUGAGCCUGCUGGACCGUGCAUCCAGUGCGAGCCGUAUUGAUUGA